UCUGCAAUUCUGAACAAAAACCAUAUAUUAUAUAUAUAAGGAGGUAUUUAUUGCAUUCAAUUUAAUAUUUCUCUUCUGCUGGACUUGUCUCAAGCAUCUCUUUCACAUAUCUUGCAUCACAUUGGUGAGGCUCUGGGAUUUGUUUGGCAUGCCUCAUACCCAAAAUACAAUAAUAUUUUGGUCUGUCAGUGAAAGAGAGAAUCUUAAAUUCUUUUUUAGAUUUUAUUAUAUUUAAAAUGUUUACAAGUAUAUACUUAAUAAAGAAUGUCAUCUGUGAAGGCCUUAAGAGGAGGAGGUUGUGUUUUAUCAAAGGAAAAGAGAAGCUGUGACUUGAAGUUGGUGUAAACUUUCCCUUGAAACAGUUGGAAACAACUUCUUAUUCUUCUUCCUCCUCAUCAUAGUACCAAAGCUGUUGAUCUUCUCUGCUCAUGAGAUUCCAAAGGUAUAGGCGCAAAAAGAGAUAUACAAUCGCAGCUGAGGAACAAUCAACAUGCAUAUCUGAAUUUUAAUAGGCUGGAGAUAAACAAGUUAAAAAGAAGGAAUAUUUGUUGGCAGUUCUGAUGGAGAGGAUUUUGAAACCAUUUGAUAAGGAAUCCAUGAGGAUGGCUAUACUAAAGCAUGAAGAAACAUUCAAAGAGCAGGUAUAUGAACUUCAUCGUUUGUAUCGAAUUCAGAAGAUGUUAAUGAACAACAUGAAGAGCAGUGAGUCAAAUGGAUGUGGUACAAAGAGAUGGAACCUUGAUGAGUUUAGUUUGAGUCAGGUUAGUAGUACAUAUAAAGAAAAAAAGAAGCUGCAGAAGCCAUGGAAACUUGACCUGGAACGACCUGCUGAAGAGUAUAUUGCAGAGGAAGGUGGAGACAGAAUGUUAGAGAUCGAGGUUGAGAGCGAUAUCGAGCUGACAUUAGGCCCCACAAGUUACAGCCGAAGGAAGAAAGAUGAAACACCUCUAACUUCAGAUUCAGCACCAAGUUUCUCUUCUUCCUCUACUGAAUCCAGCCAUAUGAGAAGGACAAGAACAGGGGCAUAUAAGAGGAUGGAUACAAGUGAAGAAUUAAUAGGCAAUGAAUGGGGACUCAUCCAAGUGCCUGACAUGCAUCCAAGUUUCUUAAGGGGAACAAAGAACACUUACAAUGUUGAAGAACAAGUGAGGCAGGAGAAACUAAACCGGCCUCCUUGGCUUUUCCCCCUUUUCAGUAUGAACAUGACUUAAGUCCUUCUUGGUUGGUGUCCAUAGGUUUGACUGGUUCUGAGUGACUAUUUGUGAUUGCUGUUUGCAUGAAAAUUUCUGUUUAGUUUUUAGUGUAAUGGGUGAUGGGAGUAUUUAAACAAGGCUAGCAUUUUAGUGAGCUAAAACUCAAAACCAUAUUGAAAUUGA